AUGCUGGGCGCCAUGCUGCACACACUGCUGCUGCUGCUGGCCGAGCUGGGGGGCUUGCUGGCAUCAGGACCCGAUUCUCAAAGUUCAUUUCUAGAAAUCAUAUUUCCAAAGAAAAUCGAAGAUAAAACAAACUCAGAAGAACGGAUAUCCUAUGUUAUUCCAAUAAACAAGAAGCAGUACACUGUGCACCUCCAGAAAAGGUUUUUUUUAACAAAUCGCUUUAUGGUUUAUAUGUAUAACCAAGGAUCUACAAGUUUUCAUUCUUCGAACAUUCCGGCUCAGUGCUAUUAUCAAGGACACAUCAAAGGCUAUCCGAAAUCCGUAGCCACCCUCAGCACGUGCUCUGGACUGAGAGGAUUCCUGCAGUUUGAGAAUGUGUCCUAUGGAAUUGAGCCCCUGGAAUCUACAUCUCAACACAUUGUUUAUAAGCUAGGCAACGAAGAGAAGGAAUUGUUAUUUAACAAACACAGCAGAAACAUAGAGAUGCCAACAAACUAUGGCAUUUUAAUCAACAAAAAGCCAAAAUCACCUUUAAAAAACUUGUUUCCCCUCUAUCUAGAGAUGAGUAUUGUGGUGGACAAAGCUUUGUAUGAUUACUUUGGCUCUGACAGCAUGAUUGUAACAAAUAAAAUCAUUGAAAUUAUCAGUCUUAUAAAUUCAGUAUUUGCCCAACUCAAGGUUACUAUUGUGUUGUCCUCAUUAGAGUUGUGGUCAGAUACGAACAAGAUUCCUACAGUUGGUGAAGCAGAUGAGUUGUUGCAUAGAUUUUUAGGAUGGAAGCAGUCCUAUCUUACCCUAAGACCUCAUGAUGUUGCCUAUCUAUUCAUUUAUAACGAGUAUCCAAAUUACGUGGGAGCAACGUAUCCUGGGAAGAUGUGUGCUUCCCACUACUCUGCAGGAAUCACGAUGUAUCCCAAGGACAUGACCUUGGAGGCCUUUUCCGUCAUUCUCACCCAGAUGCUGGGGCUGAGUCUGGGACUAUCAUACGACGAUCCUGUGCAGUGCCAGUGCUCUACAGAGUCCAUCUGCAUCAUGAAUCCCAGGGCUAUGCAGUAUGCAGGUGUGAAGUCAUUUAGCAACUGCAGUUUGAAUGACUUUGAACAUUUUAAAUCGAACGAGGGUGCCAAAUGUCUGCAGAAUAAGCCACAGAUGCAAAGGCACCCAGUACCAGUCUGCGGAAAUGGCAAAGUGGAGGGCGACGAAAUUUGUGACUGUGGCUCUGUGCAAGAAUGUGGGCCUAAUAGCUGUUGUGAACCUACAAGAUGUGCUCUGAAACAAGGAUGUGCUUGUGACAGUACGUCUUCCUCAUCAACAUGCUGCAGAAAUUGUCAAUUUUUACCAGAAAAUCAUGAAUGUAGGUCCGUAAAGCAUAUGUACUGUGAUGUUCCUGAAGUCUGCAAUGGGAGUUCAGGAGAAUGUCCACCUGAUGUAAUUGUAUACAAUGGGCAUCCUUGCGGAAGUAGCGGGGAUAUCUGUUUUAAUGGAGACUGUCCUAACCUGGACAGAGACUGCCAGGCAACAUAUGGAACAGGUUCAAAGAAUGCUCCAUUUUCCUGCUAUGAAGAAAUCCAGGGCCAAAACGAUAGGUUUGGCAACUGUGGCAAAGACGCGCAAAACAGAUACAAAUUCUGUGGAUGGAGGAAUCUCAUAUGUGGGAGAUUAAUUUGUACAUACCCUAGCCGAAUUCCUUUUAACCCGCCUAAUAACAGGACCGCUUCUGUGAUCUAUGCUUUUGUGCGAGACAAAGUGUGUAUAAGUGUGGACUUUGGAUCAAGUGUCAGAGAAGAUCCACUCAAGGUUUCUAAUGGUGCUGCAUGUGAUAUUGAUAGGAUUUGCUUAAAUGGUGUGUGUGUAGAAUCGAGAUUUCUUAAGGAUGAGGCAAGAUUGUGUGCAACCAGGUGUCAUGGGAACGGAGUGUGCACAUCCACUGGUAAAUGCCGCUGCAACGAGGGCUUCAUACCUCCCAACUGUGACCCUCCUGAUCUAAGGAUGGAAAGGUCAUCACUGUUGUUUGGCAAGCAUGAUCUGCCCAUGGAAGGAGCUUCUAAGAACCAAGAAAAGAAGUGGCUUUUAAGUUUGUACAUUGUCUUAAUUAUCCUCACUUCAGCGGUCCUCAUAGGCACAGGGUGGAAAGGUUUGAAACAAUGCCGUAACAAGGAAGAGGAAUCCAUGAGUAGCGAAAGCAAAUCAGAAGACAACAGUCACACCUACGUCAGCAGAUCAAAAUCUGAGACAAGCAGUGCAACACCUACAAGCAGCGACAACCAGCAGGUUCAGGUGCAGGAGCUUCCGUUACUGGCCACAACGCGUGGCACAGCCCGCCUAGCCUGA